GUGAAUUGAUAGCUCGUGGACUUGACUGAGACUGGCGCGGCAGAGGUUUAGACCAGGUGGUCUAGGGUUGCGGCAGUAGCGCCGACUGCGACUCCGAGCACUCUAGGAAGGCGCGCUCUGCGGGAAAGAAAGAUAAGAGACACGGACGUGUGCAACAGAUUUAGUCUACAGAAGUGGAGCCUUGACUCGAGGGGGACCAUGGCGAUGAUGGUGUGCAGCCUGCCGGAGUGCUACAGGCCUCGCCACCAGCGGCGCGGUAUUAUCCACGACUUCUGCAGCAGGACCCACGCUCAAGAGGCCGCCGACAUGGGGUUGAUCCCACCGCUCCAUCGUCCUCACGGCAGGUGUCAUGUCUGUCAACUCCACGGCUGCAACACGGAGGUGUUUUUCGACGAGGCCACCAACACGGUGCACGAUUUCUGUUGUCGCAGGCACGCUAACAUGGCGAGGGCUCGCGGGCAGUGGCCCCGCCCUGGGAUGCAAGGCUCCUCUGUCUGCCAAUACCCCGGCUGCAACGAGUGGGUCUCCCGCAACCCUGAAACAGGAGAGGAGUCUGCGUUCUGCAGCCGCUCCCACUUAGAGGCCGCGCAGGACCAGGGAGCGCAGCCUGCAGCGGAGGAGCCCUUGACCGUCUGCCAGAACGUUCGUUGCCAAAGGCCGGCGUGGAUGGAUCAUCGGUCGGGCGAUCAGCUCGCCUUCUGCGGCAGCCGCUGCGCGUACACCUGUGGCGCGCAGCACCUAGUCGGGCAGAUGAAGUGCAGCUUGCCAGGUUGCAACGACUUCACCAUGCUCCACGACCGCACGAUGGACGAUAUGGGGUACUGCUGCGACUACCACCGAAUCAAGGCCGAGGAGCGGAACCUGACUCAAAACCCGGAGGCUCACGUGGAUAGAACGUUCCGGGGUGGGCCCUCGGAUGACUUCAAGCUCAGCGUCUUGACCAAAUCGCACCAGGCGUACUCGUCGCUCAAGGAACAGUUCCUUGUUAAGUUCCAGAAGCCUGUCGACGGGCUCAGCGUGGAGAGGAUUUUUAAGGUCCAGGUACCGGGGGACGUACGCCAAAAGCACAAGGUCUUCGAGGAGGCGACCAACAACACCCGUCGCCGCUUCCACGGCACCUCCUGCUCCGACGCUUGCCGGUUCUUCAUGGACCUCAGGGGAGGCCCGUGCGGGCGGCCGGACUGCAACGUCUGCAGCAUCUGCACCCACGGCUUCAGGCUCAGGGGUUCGGUGGGGCGCACGGCGCAGCGGACGAACAUGAACCUGCGGUACGGGGAGGGCCUCUACUUCAGCAGCGUCUCCGGGAAGGCCAACGACUACGCCGCCCAAUCCGAAAAGGUAUAUUUGCCCUUUCAGGUGGAGUGGCGUGGCGUGGCCCGUCGCCGGAGGUCUGGCUACCACGCGGUUGGACGGACGAGUUUGUUGUUGUGA